CAAUCCACARCACAGCUUGGGAACCCAGAGAGCUCCGGAUCCAGCCACUCACCCCAAGCGUGGGGGAACCACCGGCAUUGCCUCCUUGCAAAAAAAGAGGAGGAAAGCAACGUGAUCCGUGGUUAACAAAAGAGUGUGUGGACGGAUGGGAGGCGGGAGGGUAACUACCUACCUGCUGAAAGCGAACUUUCUUGAUAUCCAUGCAUAUAUAUAAGCUCAGCCCUGCCUUUGAUGUUCAGCAACUGAUCACUGAUCAGAUUACAGGCAUUUCAUCUCCCUGCUCGUCUGCCUUUGAUCUGCAUGGUUAAUUUCAUUUUCCUGGAUUUGAAGUUUUGUCCGGGCUUGUGCUGACACACAUUUUUGGGAAGGUAGAAGCAUUUGGCAUAGAAGUGCUGCCAAGGAGAAACCAGGCUGCUGAAAGGGUGAGUGCUGGAAAGAUCUCAGCAGUUGCAGAACGCUUCAGGGAUAACUACAUUUGAUAAGAGCAAUGGCUUUAAAAGUACCACUAAACCAAGAGAAAACAUUCUUCACCAUUAUGCUUUUACUAGGCUGUUUGUCAUGUAAAGUCAUUUGCGAAACCGGAGACUGCAGACAACAGGAAUUCCGGGACCGGUCUGGAAAUUGCAUUCUCUGCAAACAGUGUGGGCCAGGCAUGGAGUUGUCUAAGGAAUGUGGCUUCGGCUAUGGGGAGGAUGCACAGUGUGUGACAUGCCGGCCGCACAGGUUCAAGGAAGACUGGGGCUUCCAGAAAUGCAAGCCUUGUCUGGACUGUGCACUGGUGAACCGCUUUCAGAAGGCCAAUUGUUCAGUCACCAGCGAUGCCGUCUGCGGGGACUGCUUGCCAGGAUUUUAUAGGAAGACUAAACUUGUUGGCUUUCAAGACAUGGAGUGCGUGCCUUGUGGAGAUCCCCCUCCUCCCUACGAACCGCACUGCACCAGCAAGGUCAACCUUGUGAAGAUCGCGUCCACGGCUUCCAGCCCUCGGGACACAGCCCUGGCUGCGGUCAUCUGCAGUGCUCUGGCCACUGUGCUGCUGGCCCUCCUCAUCCUGUGUGUCAUCUACUGUAAGAGACAGUUCAUGGAGAAGAAACCCAGUUGGUCUCUGAGACCACAGGAUAUUCAGUACAAUGGCUCUGAACUGUCCUGCUUUGACAGACCUCAGCUCAGYGAAUAUGCUCACAGAGCAUGUUGCCAGUGCCACCAGGAUUCUGCCCAGACCUACGGGCCUGUCCACUUGAUCCCGUCCUUGUGCUGUGAUGAGGCCUGCGGCACUGACCGGCCAGCACUUGGUUGUGGGGUGCAUUCCAGGGCCACCCUUCCAGAGAGAAACGCAGUUCCAGUGGGGGAGACCAUGCCAACUUUCUUCGGGUCCCUUUCAAGGUCCCUGUGUGGCGAGUUUUCCGAUGCCUGGCCUCUGAUGCAGAAUCCCAUGGGUGGCGACGACAUCUCUUUUUGUGAUUCUUAUCCUGAACUCAAUGGAGAAGAAAUUGAUUCUCUCAAUCCAGAAAACAAAAGCUCAACAUCUUUGGAUUCAAACAGUUGUCAAGAUCUGGUUGGUGGAGCUGUUUCAAUUCAAGCUCAUUCUGGAAACUUCACAGAAACUGCUGAUUUAUCUAGAUACAAGGAGACAGUGGCAGAGUCAGCGCUAACUCAGGAAGCACUAAGUACUGGAAGCCAGCUGGAUCUGGAGGGUGGAGAUACUGUGCACCCCACCACUCCCACAUCCCUCCAGGAAGCCUAAAGGCCCUUCUUCUUCCUGCAGUGGAACUGUGUGUCUGGAACCCAAAGGGCACCGCUCUGUUAGGCUUAUGGACUGAGCAGUCUGGACCCUGCACAGCUUCUGGAGAAAAAGGAAAUCUGAACCAAACUGAUGGCAUUUUAAGCCUUUCAACUAGUUGCUUCUGAGCCAGACCAGCUGUAAGCCGAAACCUCAAUGAGAAGCAAGGAGAUCCUCUAGGCAGACUAUUUGCAUCUUUCCUAAACCAGAAGUUUCCAGUCUUCAAGAACAACUUCAAAGACUGGUGGGUUGAGAGUAGCCUAUGAGAUGAUGGACACAUAGCAAGAUACAGCCAGGUGUUCAUGCUCAUUUUCAUGGUGAAUGUGGUCUAACAAGGCUGAAGACCUGGAGUAUCCAUUGUCACUGACAUUUUCUUUCCAGGAAUAGUCUCAUUUAGUCUGUUAUCCCGCUAAAAGUACAUGUCAGAUUCUUAAUAUUAGUUUUUAUGUAGAAUGGGUUUGAAAUUUAGUGUUUCUGUUGAAUAAGGUAACUUCUUCAUCGUCCCAAACUGGCUGGCUUAGGUGGUUACAUCGACUUUGUGCCACCUGUCUGAACCUUGGCUUUAUUAAAGGCAGUUAACUGACCAGGAAUCGGAGAACACCUCUUUUCCAGAAUCUCACUUCUAACCUCAGGCUCUAUCACAUCGACACCUUCUGGUGCUGGUAGGAGUUGGAACCUGAGUUACUGUGGGCAGCAGAGGGUGGCCCAUCACCCUGGCAUCAAAACCACUUGACGUGCAUAUCCUAGAGACUUGGAUGCACAAGUUAAAUUCAUUAAUAUUCAUGUUCAAUUAGUUGAUAUGGAAGCACUUGUCACAUCUGUCUCUAUGCCUGAGCUGAGACGGUACAGGAUUUCUUUUAUGAAAAGGAGAUAUUUAUAAACAUGGUGAUCUCUUAUUUGUAUUGUAUCUUAUACUAAAGGUUUUGGGGAUCUCAGCAUAUCAGGUUCCCCCUGCUACUGAAGUCAUCUUCCAUGAGAAUAUGCUACACUACAUAGUAGAAGAAAAAGUAGAAAAGUCUGUAAGAGGCACAGUGUGGUGUGACCAGAACUCUGCGGCUGUCCCUCUAAUAUUACUUAUGAGAUUACACAGCACAUAAUCUCCUGUAUUAGCCAGAUGAUAUGGAAUUGAGAAGUCUGGUGCUUCUGUCGGGGUGCUCCAUCUUCUAUCACCUUAGGAUUUACAAACGAUCAUUGUCUCCAGGACUAAGAAAGAAAUGAAACCAGUUCAGUCAUGAAGCAGGGGAUAGCUCAUUUGCUCUUCAUCUUAAGUAGAAAGGGAUUUAAUUGAGCAGGAUUUUUUUUUUUUCCCUCUGAAAGAUUCAUGAUCAGAGCUGGCCUUUGUCUUUUAACUGCUCCUUCCUAUUAGCUGUCACAUUUACACUUAAACAAUAAAUAAACCUUUGAACAUCAGUGUGUUAGAGGGCUUUAAAAUAUUUGUUUGGGCUCAUAUUAAGUGUCUUUUACCUAACAUUUAAAUUAAACAUUAAAAUUAAUCUGUCUUUUCUAGGUCAUUUUUAUUACCCCAACAUUUUCUUUCUUUCUAAGACAUUAGUAAAAUUUAACAAGCCCUCUUCCUUGUGGCCAUUUCUGUAUUCAUAGUUUUAGGUUCUGACAUGGGUAUACUAGCUGUCUGUGUCUGUUUCUGCUCAUGACUUCAGUUCUUUUUUCCAAAAUAGAAAAUCACAAUGUCUCAUGAUAACCCCCAUUUAUUCAUGUUUAYGUAGUGCCUGGUCAUAACCAAUGGACUCUCUUUUUUUUGUUUCCUGUUUUAGUGGAAGCUAGUCGUUCUUAAACUUUGGUAAUCAUCAACUCUUAUGAAAAUUGCCCUUAGGUAAUUCUAAUAAAAUAUUUAGGAUUUGGCCACAAGACAUCUACGAAAAUGCAAGUCCAAUUUUCCUUGAGUGGCUUCCUGUAUUUCACAGAAGUAUGCCAUUGUUUGCAAUCCGAUCAUCUCUGUUAUGACAGGGAUGAUCAAAGUAGGCAGGGUUGUGUUCCUUUGUGUAACCUGAAUAUAUUUUCCAUAUGGAGAGUCCUGAUUAACUUCAAAGACAGAUGCUUGCUGAAGAAAGCCAGACUGAUGGGAAAGAGACUUUGGCCCCAAAUCCCAAAACAUCACUUUUGAUCAGUAGAGAGAGAGGCUUAGGGUUGAAAAUGGAUUUCAUUUGAUUCUACCUUCGAAAAGUCCUGGGUUAUUUUUAUCAAGAUGAAGACAUCUGACACCACUUACUCUAGAAACAGAUUAUGUUAUAUUUUACACUCUUUGUAAACAAUUGAGGAAAAAAUUCUAUUUGUAUCUGACAGUGUUGGAAUAUCCUACAACUUUCAAUAAGCUCAGCUGCUGGAGGCAGGAAAUCUACAUGGAGAAACACGGUCCAGCGGGCAUCAUCGCUGUGUUCCAUGCUGUGGAAACUCAUGACAAGAAUGAGACAAGGGUUUCAAGCACAACCAAGUCAAGUCAUGGGUUUUCUAGUUUUGUGUCUAUGGAAUAUAUUUUUUAAAUACUCUACUUUAGAUCAGGUGUUGCUAUUAGGUUAAGCACUGCUGUCAGUGCUAGUAAAGAAAAAGAAAAAAACCAUCAUGGCUUUAAGAUAGUUUGAAUAAAUUUAGAUUUCAUUACUGUUUUGCAAACUAGAAUUUAUAAAUUUGUAAAUUAUCAUUUUCCUAUACAAAUA